AUGUUUAGAGUGCUUACGGUUUUAACGUCAUCCAUAAAAUAUCACGAUUACGUGACGGAUAAAGGAAAAAAUAUCUCCAUACCCUGCACAGCAGAGGGCAACGUUAUGUGGGUAAAGGAAAGUGGAAACAACAGUACUAUAAUACAGACUGGAAAAUUUUUAAUACUUACAAAUAUUUCGGCUGACGAGCGUGGUGUGUAUGUGUGCUUUGCUGCGAUUCGCCAUUCUUCCAGCUUUAACUUUGACCCUAAUGCAGACGCUGCUUUAAGAACAAUAAAUGACGAUAAGAAAUCAAUAUCAACAUUUUUGCCAUUAUUUGGCUCGUCAUCGUCGACGUCACCAACGGCAUCAUCAGCAUCAUCGAAGUCAUCAGAUGAUACGAAAAUAGCAACAAUUGUGAAUGCAAGUGCAACAAAUGCUUCAACUACCUCAUCGCUUCCAAUGCCAGUGCCCACAAUAGCCAAGACAGCUGGCCCCGUAACAAAAAGCACAGCCAAUAUAUCGACAGUGAAGCAAGUUGCAUUUGCUAACAAAGCCACCACCACCACCUUAGACAAUGGCGACCACCAAACAAUAGGAGCAGUGUCACAUGCUCAAUUUAGCGAAAGUCCUACACCGAACACAAGUCAAGGUGGUGUAACAGAUGCAAUUCUGGUCUUACAGCAAAAUCACAAGCAGCUGGAAGAUGAAGAAGAAGAUGAGGAGGCAGAGGAAUAUCAAGCAGUCGAAAAGGUCAAUUUGACUGUCCGCACCCCACCAGGGCCUGUUACACAACUCUACUUCAAAGCGUCAACAAUUCUGGGCUUUCUUAUCUGGCGCUUUAAUAAAGCCAAUUCCGGUGGUUACCCGGUGCGCAGCUUUACUGCCGAAUUUCGCAAUGUUUCGUACAAUGAAACACCCUACAACCAUACGUUCGAGCACGAAUGGAGUCGAAUGGACCCUAUUAAUAUUGCGCCGAAUGUUCGGCAAAUGGAAGUAUAUCGACUGGAGCCUAACACCACCUACGAGUUUCGAAUAUGGGCCAACAAUCAGUUGGGCAGCGGCGAGGUAGUGACCACUAAUGUAACAACACUUCCCGAAACCAAAGAGGAGGAUUUAAUACGCCUUAUACAACCCGACUUAGAUAAUUUCGAUCCGCGCAUUUGGAUAAUCGCCGUCAGUGUUGUGCUUGGAACUCUUGUGAUAUUAGCAAUUGGACUUUGUAUAGUUUUAUCGAAAGAAUGUUAUCAAUCAUCGCAAGCGGAAUUUGAAGUUGGUUGGGAGAGCAUAGAGCUAAUACCGAAUAUAAUACUGAAUCCGGGCUUCUGUGAAUCGGACGGACCAGAGCCAGCGCAGCCAUACACGCGAACUAUCAUAUUCGGCGAAGACGACGACAGUGAUGGCUACGAGAGCGAGGAGUCCGAUCACGAACCGACAAUGGAGAAGUUUAAACGAAAGGUGUCGGUAUUCUUUACAGGCCCAACAAUAAGACGCAUUUGAGUCAAAUCGGAUAAAGGCUGUGGCGAGGGCGACGGACGACGAGGGAACAUUUGUUCAGCAGUCGUUUGCGGGGUUUUGCGCCGUUUAUUUUUUAGAUAUACUAGCAUAAGUAGAAGCAUUUAUUUUAUAUAAUGUUAUAUUUUUGUGUGUAAAAAUUAAAUUUCUUUAUUUAAAAUAUUCGCGUUCCAAUACCGCUAGUAUUUGGAGUAUAUUUGGCACACAAAAAGCUUUUUUUAUAAAUUUGAUUAUUACUGCUUCUUUAAAGACGCAUAAAGAUUCGCACAUACGCAGAGUGGUUAUGUCAUCGAAAAAAAUAUAAAAAAAUAGUUAUAUUUAAUGAAAAACAAAAAUAAAUGAAAAUAAAGUAAGACAAAAAGCGAGCUUUUGUUACAAAAUAUUUUAUAAAUUAAUGCGUAAGCAAAUUGUUACGAAAUGCAUUCCGUUGUCGUCACUACAAAAGGCCCUAAGUGAAAAUGUGACUUGUGGGACAUUUCAUUCCAGAAUAUGAUUAUAACUAUGUAUGUCGUUAGAACUUAUACCAGAGUCAAAGAUAUUUUUUAACCUUGGUAAAUAACUAAUGUAUAAAUUCUUUACAAAAAAAAAACCCAAUUAUUUCUAAGUUUUUUGUAUUUGGUAUUUGAAUGAAUGUGAUUGGUGGGACACUAAAAACCCCUCAAUGUUACCUUUGUGUGUACUCAAAGACGAAUUUUUUGUCAAAACACUUGAUUUUCAAGCCAGAUUCUUUUGUUGAAUAAUGCUCGU